CUGUACCUUCUCCCUUUUCCGGCAAUUAUUUUCUUAGUUAUUAUUUAUUUUACCCCUUAACUUAAUCAAUAAGACUCGUGUGCUAGUGUUGGCCGCUGCCUAGCCGUAGAGUUUGACAAUUGACACUUCGACAGCCAUUCCUCCAUCCCUUCUCUUCUCUUUUGCUUUCCCCCUCAGUGGCUCCGGUUUCGCUUUUGCCCUUUCCCAAUUUCCCAAUUUCCAUCCUCAUCCCACCCCAAAACCUAACUCAAUUCAAGCUCUCGCACACAAUUCGCUUCACCUGCUCUCUUGGCUGGCAGAGAUCCGUGCGUGCAAAGAUUUCUACUCUUACGACUUCUGGCCGAAGAUAAUAGCCCCGGUGGUCUUAGACUGGAGGGAGAAGAAAUGAAAAUGGCGGUGAUGUCGAUGCAGUCGCUGCCGCUGGGGUUUCGAUUCCGGCCUACUGACGAAGAACUCGUCAAUCACUAUCUUAGGUUGAAGAUCAACGGCCGUGAUUCCGAGGUCGAGGUCAUCCCUGAAAUAGAUGUUUGCAAAUGGGAGCCCUGGGAUCUUCCUGGUCUAUCCGUGAUCAAGACGGAUGAUCCAGAGUGGUUCUUCUUCUGCCCCCGCGACCGCAAGUACCCAAAUGGGCAUCGUUCAAACAGGGCAACUGAAGCUGGCUACUGGAAAGCCACGGGCAAGGACCGUACUAUCAAGUCUAGAAAGCCCGGCUUCCACCCAGUCUCCAUUGGUAUGAAGAAGACCUUGGUGUUUUACAGGGGCCGUGCCCCCAAGGGCGAGCGCACUCACUGGAUUAUGCACGAGUACCGUCCUACUGAGAAAGAUCUUGAUGGGACAGCACCCGGCCAGAGUCCGUUUGUCCUUUGUCGCUUGUUCCGGAAGUCGGAGGAGAAGAUCAAUGUUGUGAAGUAUGAUGAAGUGGAGCAAACUGGUUAUUCUCCUACCACUACCAAGUCUUCCCCUGAGGAUACAUCGUCCGAUGUGGUUCAAGAGACGGCGACAUCUUUUUUCCGGGUGGGGAAACAGUCGGAUGCUUCGUGCGAUAACAUGACCCCUACUGCUUUGGUACCUGCUACUGAUAGCAGCUGCAACAAUAGCCUUAUGAAUUCAGAUGUGGAAGAUCAUGGAGCUGACACAAAUGCUGAGGAGGGAAAUGGAUUGGUGAUGGAUGGAAGUUCUCUUCCUGAUGAGCUCACAUAUGGCAGGGGCGAUUUUAACGUGUUCUCCCCAAUGCAGCCACAUCCUUAUGGGGACCUAGGACUUAACUUUGACUCACAGUAUGCCAAUGACUUCGGUGACGACCUUAAUGGACUCCAUUUUCAGGAUGGCACAAGUGAACAAGAUGUAUCACUCACUGAUUUGUUGGAUGAGGUGUUCAAUGGUAACGAUGAGUGGUCUUGUGAGGAAGCCUCCAGUGAGAAGAAACCAGGCUUACCACUCGAUAACUUCCAUGUGAUGGACGGUAAUCAUGCAUACAACGAUGUUGGUGCAAAAAUGACUCAAGCACAGAUGCAACCGUCUUUUGGGUCUUUUGGCGCACAAACACCAUUCUUUGAUAGGGAAGUUGGAAGCAGAAACGUUGUUGACCUCGGAGAUGGUUUUAUGAGGCAAGCUGCUGCUCGUGGUGCUGACUCUACAACAACCACAUCCUUUGGAAUGUUCCACCCAGUAGAGAACUCUGUAAGCUUUAGCAAUGGAGUUGGGGGGAGUACUGGAAUCAAGAUUAGAACACGGCAACCCCAAGUUCGAUCAUCGUCAGACAACUUCUCCGGUCAGGGUAUUGCUCCAAGGAGACUACGUCUGCAGGCGAAACUUUCAACAGGGCAAAGUGAAACUGCCCAAACGAAAGACACAUGCUCCGUGGAGGAUGAAGAUGAAGUGCAAUCAACAUUGACCGAGGACCAAGAUGUGACUACUGAUGAGCAACUGAAAGAAGGCGGUGAUUUUGACAAGAGCAAUAGCAGCAGGAGGAAUGUGAAGUUGAGGCAGAGGGUGAAAGGGAAUGGUGAGCUGGAUGGCGAGAAUGGUUCCCCGGGAGACGCAAAUGCAGGUUCAGUUUCUGUGACUUACGGGAAGGGUGGGUUUAGAUCAGCCUGGGUGAUUGGUGUAUCUGGAGUCCUGUUUUUGGCUGUGGGUUUGGUUGGGAUAUGCAGAUGCCUGUGGUCAUGAUGGUAUAUGCUGGCCUGGGAGGGGGAAGCCAGGAGCCUGUUAAGGAAGUCAGUGUGGACGUUGUUGCAGUCUAGCGAGGCCCAUAGUCAAUGUAGUAGUUUGCUUUUGUGAUUUGUAGUGGUAAGAUGUGGAUUUGAUGCAGCAGGGCAUAGUAUAGUAUGGUUUAGUCCAAAACAGAUGAUGUUGUGUUUUAGGACCCGUCGACAGUUGACUAGUUUUCUCGGGGUUUUGUUGUUCUUUCUUUGAUGAUUCCGACUUGACAAUCUAAAGAUCUUUAUGGUUGUAGACUGACUGAUCAGCUUUAGAAUGAAUAAAUGUGUGUAUAUCAAGUUUAACUAGGGAUCUUGCACUAUCUGACUCGCCUCACUUGGUUAUGUGCAAGUAUUCCUUGUCCGAUAAGCAUCAUAACUCAUAAGUUUGUUCUCUAAGUUCCAGCUUGUUCCGGUGUUACAAGAUAAUUUCGACACUUAAAAUUAUAAUAUUUACAUGUAAUAGUUCAAGUACUAACAAAUUGUAUGGCACGAAAUGUUAACAAACUAAAUAGUAGUCACACAACCUCAGCAGGUAGGGGUGGCUAUACGGUCCGGUUAAAUUGGACCAAAUUGAUCCGGUCCCAGUCUGGUCUUUUCGGGAAUAUAAGGACCAAAAAUUGGAUUGGAUACACUCCGGUCUUGAUCCGGUCCGGUCUGGUCCCAAUUUGAUUUUGAUUUUAGAUUGAGCUUGUGGGGAUUUGAGUGUUGGGGUCUCUUAUCCGUUCUUUAUCCGGGUUUUUCACCUCAAAUCUAAGCUCGAAUAUGAGAUUGGAUUGUUUGCUAUCCGGUCCCAGUCCGGUCCCUGUCUGGAUUAUACGGUCUGGUUUCGAGUAAAACCAAACAGUCCUGGACCAAAUUGCCAUCCCUAUCAGCAGGUACCAAUCGUCGAAUGUAUACAGGUCUUCUACCCGGGAAAAAAAUCAAGGAUUUGAAUUGAAUAUGUUUGAUUUAUGUAAGAUUUCAUAAGUGGACUAAAAUGUCUAUAAGCACUCUGUUCUACAAACCGCCUUAACUCCUGUAAACCACAACAAAAAAAUGUAAUAGGAGCAUUAUAUGGAACCCAACUAAUAGUUUAGAUUUGAUCAAAUUUGGAAACUAGAAACUAGAAAGCAUACACCCCCACUGAAAUAUGGAUGGAAAGAGGAAAAGCUAAGAAGAUGAUGCAUGCAAUGCAAUGGGAUAAGGAUGAGGCCCGGGUGGGAACUGGGGGCGGGAUUUUGCCGUUUUGGCCAAGGCACUCAGGUCAGGUAGCAGACAUAUCUCCUUUUCGGCAAAUUUGGAUUUGGAUUUGGAUUUGGAGCACAACCUAACCUCAUUAACAAGUGAAAGUGAUACUAUUAGCAGAUUCAGUUUUUUUGAGUUUUUGCUAUAAUGUUCAAAAGGUGAAUUAGUAAUCCCAACCCAAAGUAAUCAUCAAUUCCACUGACCUACCUGCCAGUUUUACGCAACCAUGUAUUCUGCUGCAGCUAGAGAGAAAAUACAAAAUAGUACAAAGAAGAGAGAAACGAAAAAUCGUGAAACGAGGAUUUGAUCUAAUUAAUAGCAGUAUUACGGCUAGUUUUCAGCUCGUAAUUCCUUUCAGUAGCACGUAACAAAUUCGUGAAAGAGGGAGGUACCUGUGAUUGCUAAUUAUUUUAUGGUGGAAAUUAAAAAUGGUAUUGGGAUUCCGGGGCGCCGUUUGGUUAAGGUUUGGUUGAUUCUAGGAGCCACCGCCAGAGUCAGAGUCAGAGGCUCCGGCAAGUUGGUCUUCCCGAAUUUCCUUUUUGACAAAUAAUGGGGCAUUUUUAAU